AUGCCAUCUUUCCCCGUCUUAAACAGCUUUGGGAAGCUGUGUGGAUCAAGUAAAACUGAAGAAUUGGUGCUGGAAAAGGUGAAAUUCCGAAACUCAGUCAAAAGGAUGUCAAUUAUUGAGGAUGGGGAUAUUGCAGAAGUCUUGUAUCUCAUUCCUAAGCAGACCUUGCUGAAGCAGCUGCCCUACUUGAAUCCAGACGACUACUACUUAUGUGAGCAGUUGUUUGACACUCCUGAGGAUCUGGUGGCCCAUCCUCAGGAGCCUCACCACCCCUCUGAAAAGCCAGUCAUCCACUGCCAUAAGUGUGGGGAGCCAUGUAAAGGUGAAGUACUCCGUGUUCAGGCCAGACACUUCCACAUCAAAUGCUUCACCUGCAAAGUAUGUGGCUGUGACUUGGCACAAGGAGGCUUUUUCAUCAAGAAUGGGGAAUAUCUUUGCACCUUGGAUUACCAGCGCAUGUAUGGUACCCGCUGCAACGGUUGUGGGGACUUCGUGGAAGGCGAAGUGGUGACAGCUCUGGGAAAAACUUACCAUCCAAGCUGCUUUGCCUGUACAGUUUGCAAGCGUCCAUUUCCACCAGGUGAUCGAGUUACCUUUAAUGGAAGGGACUGUCUCUGCCAGAUGUGUGCUCAGCCAAUGUCCUCCAGUCCGAAAGAGUUGUCUGCCUCAAGCAAUUGUGCUGGCUGUGGAAGAGACAUAAAAAAUGGACAAGCAUUGCUAGCUCUGGACAAGCAGUGGCACCUGGGAUGCUUUAAGUGCAAGGCCUGUGGGAAGGUCCUAACUGGGGAAUACAUCAGCAAAGAUGGUGCUCCUUAUUGUGAAAAGGACUACCAAGUUCUUUUUGGAGUCAAAUGUGAAGCAUGUCACCAGUUCAUUACUGGGAAAGUCCUAGAG